AUGACUGAUUCAACACCCAACCUCAAGGAUUCAGGAUCCCAAAGUAUGCACAACCCCGCCAAGAUCCCCGGACAGGCCCCGGAGCCCGGUGACGCCGACGCCAAGUCAAGAGCUCAGCCUACCCAAGUCCGUUUCUCAUCCAUCACGGAGGAGAUUGAACCAGGUCAAUCCGAAUUGUCCCCUGUACCAGAGCAACCGCAAUCUCUGGCAGAAGAGCAAGAGCGACGUACGGAUGAGGAGCAAUUACGGUCGCUGGCGAUGAGUAUGCAGGGCGCACAGCUUCAGGAGUCGCGCCUGCGCAAUUUCUCCUUUGACCCCAUGUCUCUUCCUUCCUCCAGGGUUGGCUCUCGAGAGUCAAGUGAUCGUAGUGGACGUGGCACCGGUGCCUUUGCCUCUCCACAUGCGUCUCCUCCGGUCUCUGCUGUGCAGUCCCCCCCUCUUACUCCAGCUGCAACCCAUUCUCGCGAAGGCAAAAUCAGCGACAGUGCCUCUCUGAAAGCUACCAGCCGACCCCACGUGGACACUAAUUUCACCCCUGAAGCAUCACCUCCAGUAGGAUCGACCGACAAGAACGGCACGCCUCGACCCCCCUCAUCCUCCCGACCCCUGUCCACCGAUCAGCUGCCCACCAGAAAAAGUGAAGGUUCAGAGCGAGCUCCUCAUGCCAUUGAACUACCGAGGCAUCGCGAACCUAAUGAUCCAUAUGCGCGCCACAAGCGACUACCCCAGUCCAAAAACCUUGCCCAAUUGGAUCCCCGGUUUAUCUUCAGCGGUCGGGAUGUCAAGCGAUCAUUUCGUCCGGGGACUCCCCGAUCCACCAGCGCAAGCGACCUCAGUAAAUCUAGUGACAAGCGGAGCAUAUUUGGUGGUGCCAAGAAGGAGGGCGACAAGAACCACGGCCACCAGCAUCAUGGCUCUAUGUCUGAGCUGAAACGGUUCUUCAAGAUGGGCCAUCGCAAUAAGCGAUCCGAGUCCCCGACAUCCAUGCCUAAGAAGUCGAGUCGAUCAUCUGGAAAGUCCACUCCGUAUCAAAUGGCUCCAGACAAUGUUCCUUUUGCCGAUGAUCAUGGUCUGAAUUCCAAGUAUGGAAAGCUGGGCAGGGUGCUCGGAUCUGGAGCUGGUGGCUCCGUGCGUCUUUUGAAGCGCAACAGUGACGGUGUCACCUUUGCAGUGAAGCAAUUCCGAGACCGUCACAACUGGGAGAGCUUGAAGGAAUACUCCAAGAAGGUGACAGCAGAGUUCUGUAUUGGCUCCACCUUGCACCAUGGCAAUAUCAUCGAGACCUUGGAUAUCAUCCAAGAAGGCAGUCGCUGGUAUGAGGUCAUGGAAUAUGCGCCGUUCGAUCUGUUCGCUAUCGUGAUGACGGGCAAAAUGGGCAAGGAGGAGAUUGCCUGCUCCUUCAAGCAGAUUUUGAGCGGUGUGGCGUAUAUCCAUGGCAUGGGUCUGGCCCAUCGGGAUUUGAAACUGGAUAACGUGGUGGUAAACGACCGUGGCAUCAUGAAACUCAUUGAUUUCGGGAGUGCAGUCGUAUUCCGCUAUCCUUUUGAGAACGACAUUGUCCCUGCUUCGGGUAUCGUUGGCUCAGAUCCCUAUCUUGCUCCCGAGGUCUACGACGAGAAGAAAUAUGACCCCCGCCCCACGGAUGUUUGGUCGCUGGCGAUCAUCUUCUGCUGUAUGACCUUGCGCCGGUUCCCAUGGAAGCAACCGCGGAUGACCGACAACUCAUACAAGUUGUUCGUUUCCAGCCCGACCCCAGGCACCCCAGUUGCCGAACCCGACUCACGCCGUCGGCCCAAGUCGACGCCCGAUCUUCCCAACCAAAGCCAUGACAAUAAGCGUCUGACUCCCCGCUCGAGCGGACCCUCCGACCAGUCUGGAUCGGAGCAGAAUGGAACCGGAAAUGAAAACGGAGACGCAAACAAAUCAGAGGCCGCGCAGAGGGACGGUGAUCACUCUCCCGAUACUGCUCAGAAGCAGAUCAGCCAAACCAGCAACGGCCCCCAUGAGCGGCCCACCCGCACGACCAGCAAAGAGGCACCGCCGGUUCCAGCAUCAUCCCAGAAUUCUGGACAGCGCCAGGAAGUCAUCAAGGGCCCAUGGCGACUUCUCCGGAUCUUGCCGCGGGAAAGCCGGUAUAUCAUUGGCCGCAUGCUGAAGACCAACCCGAAAAACCGAGCCACACUCGACGAGGUACUGUCGGAUGACUGGAUAAGGAACAUUCAUGCAUGCCGACAGGACGAGACUGGCGAAACCAUCAGUGCCCCCGGCCACACCCACGUACUCGAGCCCCCCGCCCAGAGCCCUGCCGUGGCCAGCAAAGCUACCAAGGCUAAAUAA